UGUUGUUGGUGAAGAUGAUGAAGCCAAAAUGGAUCAAGGUGGGGAUGAUGUUAGUUCAAGUGUCGAUGGUGCUAAUUGUACAAUCUAUUCAGCCAAUGGUUCAUCUAAUGUUUGGCCAUCAUCAGCUAAUUGUAUCUCAUGUAAGCAAACUGUUAUAAGGAAACAAUCAGAUUGGUCGAUUGGAUGUUCAGAUUCUUAUCUUGGUGAAUUUGUACCAGGAGACGAUAGUGAUGAUGAUGAUGAUGAAAUGGAUGAUAAUCAGGAUGAAGAUGAUGAGGAUAUUGAUAUUGAUUCGAGAAAAAAAUUAAACUGUCCAUCUAAUGGCCCAUCUGAUAAGAGUAUUAAGAGUAAAACAAUUAACUCAUUAAAACGUAAAAUGCGUCGCAAUCGAACCGUUUUUACGGAAUUACAAUUAAUGGGAUUAGAACGUCGAUUUGAUAGUCAAAAGUACUUAUCAACUCCCGAUCGAGCUGAAUUAGCACGGAUCUUGGGUCUAACUCAGCUGCAAGUGAAAACAUGGUACCAGAAUCGACGAAUGAAGUGGAAAAAACAGGUGAUGCAAGGUGGAUGCCCAAUACCACCGACCAAACCAAAGGGUCGACCGAAAAAAAAUUCAAUCCCCUCACUUGGUAUAAAUUUUGUCGAUGCGACAUUUUUAUGUUCAGCAGCGGCAUCGACAGUGACCUCAACAUCGGUGGCAAGUGUCCAACCAAUCAUACAAAUAGAAUCAACUGUAAAAAAAUCAUCUUCAUUAACUACAUUCACUAAAUCAACUGAU